GUGUGUGUGUGUGUGUGUGUGUGUGUGUGUGUGUGUGUCCAUAGAUAGAUAGAUAAUUUGUAUAUAUUUAUCUAUGCUAAAUGUAAGUCAAAUGCUCUUUUAUAUUAUUGUCUGUCAAUUGAUAUUUAUUUCUCUCAAUAUUUUAAUUAUGUAUAUAUAUAUUUAAUGACGAGAUUUUCUAUUCUCUUUUUUUCUAUUACUCUCUCGGUCCCACACGUCCUCUGCGUGUAUCCAAACACACGAGAAAUUAAUCACAACAAGGAGAGGGUAUUCCCCGGCUGCCUGGGACUGAACCCGCGACCAGCGUGACGGGAGAGCCACUCCUUGCCGAACUAAAGAAUUCUGAGCACCGAUUCUGUAGCGGAAAGUGUUGGCGUGUGUCAUUGCUUGCCGCGCUAAUAUGCAUGACGCUCUCGUAAAUUAGGACAGAGGGAGACAGCGGGCAUGAACGGGGGGGCAAGAAGGAGCUGUUGAGAAGCAAAAAGAAGGAGCGGAACGACGAGAAGAAAGACAAGGGUUACGCAGCGCUUGGAGAAGACAGCUCGCCAGACCACACGGAGGGCCAGGACACAAGGAAUCCUUUGAAGCCCACGAAGCAAAAAUCCUUCAAGUUCCUCCACAAGAGAGAGAAAGAGGAGGAGGAGGACAGGAUGGAGAAGAGGAAGGAGAACGUGGAGAGAAAGAUUGACAAGCGGAAGGAGAAGGAGGAGAAAAAGAGGUUUAAGAAGGACAUGAAGAAGAAGGAGGAACAGGAGGAAGGUCUCCACUGUGAGGGCAUCUACAGGCUGAGUGGCGUCAAGAGCAAAGCACAUCAACUGCGUCGCCUCUACAACACUGGGGAGGGUGUGAGGCUGUGUGACCAGGAGCCGCACGUCAUCGCAUCCCUCCUCAAGCAGUACCUCAGGGAGUUGCCGGAGCCAGUGUUGACGUCGGACAUGAUGCCACACUUUGAGGAUGUAGCGAUGAUUCCUAACCCCGGGGAGCGCGCCGAGGCCAUGCGCCAGCUGAUCAACCGCCUGCCAACCGCCAAUACAUGUUCAAGCAUAUGGGACACAUCAUUGCAAGGGGAGUUGCCGGAGCCAGUGAUGCCGUCGGACAUGAUGCCACACUUUGAGGAUGUAGCGAUGAUUCCUAACCCCGGGGAGCGCGCCGAGGCCAUGCGCCAGCUGAUCAACCGCCUGCCAACCGCCAAUACAUGUUCAAGCAUAUGGGACACAUCAUUGCAAGGGGAGUUGCCGGAGCCAGUGUUGACGUCGGACAUGAUGCCACACUUUGAGGAUGUAGCGAUGAUUCCUAACCCCGGGGAGCGCGCCGAGGCCAUGCGCCAGCUGAUCAACCGCCUGCCAACCGCCAACCGCCUGCUGCUCCAAUACAUGUUCAAGCAUAUGGGACACAUCAUUGCAAGGGUGCCUGAGGACGCCUUCCCAUGGACAGCAGCAGGCGACAUCCUCCUGAGGGGGUGGCGUCCAUCCUCCUUUGUAUAAAGACAAAUACACUUACCUCAACACAACAA